AUUAUUAUUAUAGUUGUUGUUGUUGUUGUUGCUUUGCUUUAUCACCUAAACAUUUGGUAAUUAUGUUUACCUUUAUGUACUAAAAUAGUGGUUCCAAAUUACUGAACUAACCAAAUGCUGGUUAAAUAUUGGUUACAUGUGUACGAGUUUCUCAAAAAACAAAGUUUUCUUUAACUUAAAAAAUGUUUUUUUCAACAGUUCAUUUUGAUUAAGCCUACAAAAAGGUUGUUUAGUUAUUGUGUUGGUUCUUAGUAGCUCUUUUGAAGUCUUUUGAAGAUGAACAGAUAUUCAUGCUUUUAAUUUGAAGGCGUCAUUCACAAUUUCCGGUUGCGAGCCAUCGUGAAUCUGAUUGGCUGAACGCAGCUCGUGCCUUUUGAUAAAGAAUCGGUUUUCGGGGUGAAGGCAGACAUGGAGGAGCUGAGCGCCGUGGGAGAGCAGGUUUUUGAUGCGGAAUGCAUUUUGAACAAACGAACGAGAAAGGGAAAGUUGGAGUUUCUUGUGAAGUGGAGGGGAUGGUCAUCCAAACACAACAGCUGGGAGCCUCAAGAAAACAUCCUUGACCCAAGACUGUUGGUUGCAUUCAACAAAAAAGAGCAAGAAAAAGAGCUUCUGAUGCUUAAAAGAGGCAAAAGGCCCAGAGGACGACCACGGAAGAUCUUAGAAAAUAUUCCUGACCCUUCAAAGUCAAGCAGCUCUUCGUCUCCCUCUUCGUCGUCGUCCACUGAUUCCUCGUCCUCAUGCUCUUCUUCCUCAUCAUCAGAUGAUGAUGACGAUGACGACAAUGACAGCCAUGUUAAACAGUCAAGCCCAACUGUCAGAACAAGGGAGCUACAUCCUGUCCCCCAGAAGAAGGCACAGAUCGUCAUGAAACAGGAUUCCUCCAAGAAACGAAGCCGGAAACUUCUUUCUCCUGAAGUGAAAGAAUUCCAACUGAACAAGAGCCCUCACAAAGUCCUGAAGACCAUCAAAGACCUAGAUCUUCCAGGGGCCAUCAAGAAGCCCGUUCACCCAUCAAGCUUUACCUUCAUGGGUUUCCACCGUGGCACAUUAGGUGCGCAGUAUAGGAGCCCUCUGAACCAGGGUGGGGCAAUUAAAACCCCCAUGAGCUCAGCUGGACCUGGCAGGUUGACAGGCCAGACCUCAUCCCUCCCCCUUAACAAAUCCAACCAGAACAGAAAUGUAACCGAGGGUAAACUGUCUGUCCCUAGCAUGAAUACUGGAGCAAGUCUUGAUUUGAAAACAGCUGCUAGUAAAUCAAAAGGGGUGGCAGCAUUUAAUUUGAAUACAUCCAAACAUCCCAUUCAAGGAACCCCUCAGCACACGCUAAGUCCUCCCAACGGACAAAAGAAACCCCAGGCCCCUGUGUCAACAAUGCAGCGGAUACCCAGUUCUAAAGCUGGAGCUUCCCUACCGUCAAAGAACAAUCCCUCUGUUCAGCAGCCCAGUCCUCAGCCUCUCAACCUUCAGAACAAACAUUCUCAAGUCAGUGAUUCUCCUGGAAAUGGGUCUACACCAGGGUCAGGUGUGAGAAAUCCACCAAACCCAACAAGGAAGCCCACCGUCGCACAGAAUCAGGAAGCAAACCUCCCCAAAAGCCCAGUGACCUCUGGAAGACCACCAGUCAGAAAGCCCCAGCCUGGUGCAGACCGGGCCAGAGAGGUAAACGAAAUCCAGACUGCCAAAGUCCAAGGCAGGCUGGACAAAUCCUGUACGGAGAUCCACAACCAGCAGGAGAGAAUAGCCACAAAAGGCAGCAAGAAAGCCAAAAUGACAGAAAUGAGCACAGGUGAGGAAGAAAGUAGCUCGGACUCUGAUCCAGAUUCCUCCUAUCCUGGACAGGGUCACUCUGUUGUUAGCCAGAACCAGGACUGGAAGCCCACACGCAGCCUGAUUGAACAUGUGUUUGUAACCGACGUCACUGCUAAUCUAGUCACUGUCACAGUCAAAGAGUCACCGACUAGCGUGGGCUUCUUCAGCAUCCGCAACUACUGAUGGUGCUCUGUACACUAGACCGCCUGUGAAGCAUUUAGGAGCUGUUAGGCAUGGUCUGGGUCCUGGUGGUGGACACCCACAAGGGAAUGAAUUACAGGGUUCAUCUUAUUGUAGUAAAGAAAGAUUUUAGAAAAAUACAGAAAGCUAGUUAUUGAUUCUAUUUUACUUAUGAAUAAAAACCACGUUGGCCUCACCUGACAUUUCCUCAGGAUCCUAACUUUACCAAGUGCUCUAAUUACUGGAGGAGAGAAGGAAGUUAGUAAACAUUAUUACGUCAGCUAAGUACGUCUCCUGGACUUUGAAGGGUUUAUUCUUCCAGACUGAUUUAGUCUGGUGUUAUUUGGAUGGGACAAUCUGUUUAUCACCACCACAGACCGAAAACCAGAUGGACUUUUAUAGACUACCAUUUCUAAAGCCUGCUGCACACGAGAUCAAACUGCUGAACAAACGGCGCACUACGCGAGCUGCUGGCUGAGCUGAAAUAUUCUAGUGGCCAAUCACAGCACGUUCUCUGUUCACAUGAUUCCACGAUGUAUUCAGAAGCAGCCCCCUGCCCCGUCUGCGUGUCCGAAAAAUAAACUAAACGGUACCCUGCGGGUCGAUGGUCCCACUGUUUCCACUACCCUUUCGAAGGAUUCAGGAUCCAGGCGGCGGUACUGUCACAAGCAUUCUGGGUUUUCAAGGAGCAUUUCUUGGAGUAGGUUGGCAUAAACUCCUUACCUGGCCCUUUGCAGCCACCGUACCCAAACUUUCCUAACCUUGAAGUGACGGUGGCAGCAACACCUAAUCAACAAAGUAGUAGAGGCAUUUCCUCCGUUUUCAGCUCUGUCUCCGUUCUAUUUUCUGACAUGCAGACAGGGGGCUGCCAUCUUGAGGUCAUGUGAGCAAAGAAUGCGCUUUGAUUGGCCACUAGAAUAUUUCAGCUCAGCCAGCAGCUCACAUAGUGCACACACAGUGAGUUUUUAACCCCCCCGUGAGGCGGAAAGUAUCAAACCGGUCAGAUAUUCACCUCAGCGUCUUGUGAGGUGCAAAAAUCAGCCGUACACAGCGAGGUAUCUGCUGGGCUCUUGUGUGUGGCAGGCUUUAGCUUCAGCUCAGCCUUUUGUCCCCUAAAACUGGAAAUUAAAAAUCAGCUGACUAUGAACCGCUACGUGACAUGAAAAGUACUUCAUUUUACCUUCAUUUUUUAAUGAUUUAUAUAUUCAGAAAAGUUUUUAUCGCAUUAUAAAUCAAGUGAGAAAAUAACGUGUGUUUCUCCCCCUGCUGGCUGUUAGAUGCAAUGUGAUUUGACAUUUUGUUAGUAUCAUCUUUAGUUUACAAACAGCUCAAUGACAAAACAUCUCAAACUGGAACAUUAGCAUUAUGGAACCUGUCAUUUAUGAAAAGUCACCAUUAAAAUCAUGAUUACUAGAGAUUCGCUGACUGGUUUUCAGGGCUGAUGCUGAGUUCUGAUUCUUGUACCAGCUGAUUUUGAUUGAUCUUGAAUUACAGUACGUUUUUUCAACAUGACUGAUUAACUCAAGAUGUUGGAAGUACGCAAUUACACAAAUACUGUUUUAUUGCCAGGGCAAAUAAGUACUUGUGCAGGGUCAGUUCGUAGACAAGAAAAAUAGGGCCGGGACUUUAACGCGUUAAUUACGAUUAAUUAACUAGAAAAAAAAACGCGUUAAAAAAAUUACGCAUUUAAUCGCAGCUUGCAUUUCAAGCACGGCUGAACCUUUGUCAUUGAACGAUUUCCUCGUAGACUGAAUAUCACUGACGCACACAACAUUGCACAGUGCUAAUGGCUACUAAAACGGAAUAAAAACAGAAAGAAGUUGCCUUGCUUGGACUGAUGCAGGAUUUAGGAAACACGUCCGCCUCUUUUCUUAACUUGGAAAAAAAAAAAUUCCAGACAACAACGGAGUCCGUAUCGCGGACAUUUUUCAGAGAUCGUCUCUGCUGCGGCUGCCCGGUGGCAACGGGAACUUUACAAAAGUUGCGGUAAGCUAUGUUUUUAACAUUUACGUAACAUCUGUGCAGCGCUGAAAGCACCAGACAGAAUAAUUCUGUGUCCUAACAGUAGUUUAUGAAAGUAGUCAGACAAACGAGAGGCACCUGGCUGCCGCUGGGAGAACGCUUCGUGUUCUCACUACUCUAAACAAUCACAAACAACGUGUCUUAAAGUUGAAAACAGAAGUUUAAGUUAAAACAGAAACACUCUGAAACUUUUCUGAUGAUUUUCUAGACAAUUCUGUCAGGGAAUUAUAUGUUUCUGAGACGAGUCUCUGUCUAACAUCACAUGUAUUACUAUCAUUAAGCAGCAGGUGUGUUGAAGCUGUCAUCAGCUAAGGGGCGGAUGCUUAAGUGUAUCAGGGGCAGCGAGGAACGAGGAAGUUGUGAUCAGGCUGGAGAUCACACCAGAUUCGCUGCUGCAGGCGUGAAUCUGCGGGUCUGCACCAUCCCCUUAUUAACGUGACAGCAGGACUUCCCAUGUAAGGAAGGUCCGCUCACCUGUUCGUCAGAUCAUUAUUUCCUCGCCAUGAUCAUCCCAUCAUCCUCCAGUCAUCCAGAUGGAACCAGUUAGUGUUCCUGUUCAUUCUCAGAAUAUGUCACGCCUGCUCUGGUGUUAAAAGUUAGUACAUUUAAGUCCUAGAUCAUAUUUGUGCCAGUUCUACUGUCAUUUUGAAGGAUUAUUAUUUAUGUGUUUUUACUACAUUAUGAGUAGAAAUGCUAAUAAAAACUCCCAAUUAUACAAACAAGUGAAACUGGAAAAAUUAGAAUCUGGUGCAAAGUCAAAUUUAUUUCAGUCAUUCAACUAGACUGAGAGACUAUUUAAAGGCUCAGGAACCCUUUGCAGGUGUUUUCUAUUUGUAAUUAUAAAUUUUAGUUGAUUUGGGUUUUGUUUCAUAUCACACAGUGACAUUUGAAUAAUUAAAAUGCAUUUUUAUUAAAAACUUUAGUUUACAGUAAUAACCAUGUCUAAUGUUUGAUUCUCUGUCUCAUAAUUUUAAUUAAAAGUUUUACUUUGAGUGCACAUUUUCCUGAAUGUUUAAAAAUGCGAUUAAUUGAGAUUAAUUAAUUACAAAGCCUGUAAUUAAUUAGAUUAAAAUUUAAUCAAGUCCCAGCCCUAAAGAAAAAAUACGACAAACAUUGAUUGCUUCUUUGCGGUGGCUUUGCUUAGAGGUUUUUUGACCAUUUUGCCGUUAAGGUUGGCCUUGGAAAGUUGGUAACUUUCGUUUAUAAAUAGUAGAAUCGUAACAUGUCAUUGAUAGUAUUAUUUUAGUACUUCAUAAAUAGCUACCUCUGUUUGUUUCAGUGUGUGUGUGUUUCUUUAGGGAUUGUAUCACCUUUCCAUGCAGGGUAUUUUGUCUGAUCUCUCUAUAACUGUAAAUAUGUUAGACUUUUAUUGUUUCUGAUGGAGGAGCAAAUGAGAGUUUUCACACUUUGUUGCACUCUCAGAAAGCAUUUCUUCAUCCAGCGUAGAUGGUAGAUUGUUGAACGCUGCCGUUUUCCAAUUGUGCUGCAGCGUGCAGGACGUCAUCUAUACAGCGUCUGGUACAUUCAGAUAAGACACACUGUUGCUCUUGUGUCUUUGCAUUCUGACACAGGAUUUAGAAGUAGAAAAAGUUGUUUUGACACGUUGGUACACCUGAUGACGCCUCUCCCCGCCACCCCCAUUUUUCCAUAAACCUUUGCAAUCGCAGCUUUAAAACCAGGCGAGGCUGGGGUUGCAGCGAUGCUGACCACAGAACAGAUUUUAAUCACAUCUGCCUGAAUAUGUCGAAGUUUCUUGGUAGUAGAUUAGAAUUUCACGAGUUUUUCACCUCAAAGCUUGCAGCUUUGGACCCUCCCAUCCCCGCAUGGGUUCAGGAGCUGCUAGCUCAACCAGAGGAAAGAAAUAGAUCUUUAUCUGAUGUAAAGGAAAAGAAACCACAACAAUGUGUGCUACUUCCUGCUCCCCUAAGAGGAGUUCAGCAACAAAGCACUUUGACUGAACUCCUAUCUAAUCCUGCUCUGGAGACUGUGCCUUUCUUCCUCAAGUCUCAGCACAAAGGCAUUACCCCAAAGAUAGCUAGGAUUUCAGGUUGCUCAAUGAAGGAAGUACUACAGGAUCUUCACAUGGAGUUUGUAUGUGAUUUCUGAGAUGGAGACUCCUGUUGAGAGGCAUCACAAAUGUAUGGAACAAACAAAAACAGAAUUCUAGAUGGAAACCGUUUGAAUGGUUUUGGUCCAUCUUAUAGAAAUAACUUGUUUUAGGUUUUAAAAAGUAACAUGCAUUCAAAGAUGUCUCCUAGCUGAGAAAUGUACCAGGUUGUCGGGUAAUGCUACGUGUUUACUUGUAUUUUCUUUUCUGCUGUGUGCUUCAUUUUAACUGAUGGAACAUUUUGGCAUGAACGUUUUUCUAUUUGUUGACUUUUGUAGAUCUACUAAUCAUCUCAGUUUAAAAUGUAUUUUCCUUUUGUAAACUAUUUAUUUCAAAUAAAAAGUCUUAGAACAUG